UGCUGGCAGGUUCGCACUAUUACCUGUUCAAGCUGUCGAGAAAGCAAUGGAAGUCAUCGUUAAAUACUUAACUCUGUGUGCACUGCUAACCGUUUGUAGUGCUCAAAUUGAUCCGAAUUGGUUAUUCGGGUCGCAGUAUGACACUCAAUUGAACGCAAGAUCUCGACCAACUGACCAAGUUGGAAAUUCAAAUUCGUUGGUGAACUCGGUUCAGGAACAACGGGCGGUUGAGCAGCAGAAUCGAGCACUGGAACAGCUGUUCGCUCGCUCCUUUCCGGCUACUGUACCGGAGGAAUUCCGUGAUGCCAUAGUUCAGCUAUACUUUCGCAGUCAACGGGAAUUGGACGUGUGCGCUGAGUUCCUGUGGGAUAUUCAUCUGCUGAAGGAGUAUCGUCGGUGUGCUACUUUAACCCGGCUAACCAUUCGACGUCAGGUGAAAGUUUUGGCGGAUGAUGUCCGAGAGCUGACAGUGGCCGAAUAUGACUAUCUGGAGUAGUAGGAUAUUAAUUUGAGUUGAUUACUGUAGGCAUUAAGAUUUGGUACUGUAACAUGAUUUUUUUAGUGCUAUUGAACUUUAUUGUAUGCUCGAAUAUAACUAGUUAAAUAAUUUUAAACUGAAGGCGCAUUACAAAUGGACUAAAUCUAACCUAUCUAAAAUUAAA